CUAUGAUCUAUCCGUUAGCCAAAUGGGCCUUUGACGUGUUCAGAAAUGAGAUGGUAAACAAAGAUGGCGGACUGGAGUAGAGGACAUGGGGCUGUGGAUGAUAUGUUGGACGCCGAAAAUAAGCUUUUGGCGGAUAGUCUGGCAUCCAAGGUUUCCAGACUGAAAUCGCUGGCGUAUGACAUUGAUAAAGACGCUGAAGAACAAAAUUCAUAUUUGGACGGCAUGGGCUCCAACUUCCUGAGCGCUACAGGCCUGCUGACAGGAAGUGUGAAGCGGUUCUCCACCAUGGUGCGCUCUGGGCGGGAAAACAGGAAGAUCCUGUGCUAUGUGUCUGUGGGACUGGUGGUAGUCUUUUUCCUGCUCUACCACAUGGUCUCCAGGAUCCAGGCAUAAGGAAAAUGCACCCGAUCAAUACUGGUCCUGUACUGCUAAUUGAAUUCUCAGUUGUAUGAGAAGUGUAAUUUUGCUGAUCCCGGAAAACAGCUUGCUCUCCUGUUUUAUUAACAUUAAGAGGAGAUGAGUCUGAGUGUAGGUCUUCAUGAAUGGCUGGUUACUGAUGUUGAGUCUAUCCUGUGUGCACGAUGGUUUGAGAACAGGCACAGACGACAGCCACCCAUACGGUAAUAUAUGUCAGGUGGUAAUUUUUUCCUUUUAAGUAAUCUGGGCCUGAAGUUAUAUGAUGGGAUCUUCUCAGGAUGUCAGCCAGUGAUAGAGUGUAUCUCCCUGGAUCCAGAUCAGUUCCACUGAUCAUUGGGUUAAAAUGGUGGCUGUCGGUUUCUGCCAAAAUUCUUCAGCCCAAAAGCGUUAAUGGUAGGGUUCCAAAAAACAGUCGAUGCUAAAUGGGAUUGUCUCACACAGUAGGUUCAGCAGUAAUGGAUAAAUUGGAAGAAUUAGAAAGAAAAAAAAAACCUUUUUCUUCUUAAAUUACUAACUUUACAUGUGUAGGCAUUACUUAUUUAUUUUGCCAAACAAGUGCUCGUGGUGCAUUUGGCGAAUCAUCUUGAUAAUGAAUCUGUAUGAUGAAUGAAUAUGAGUCAUUAAAUGAGACCAAUGUGCAAAUAUUACCUUGUAAUGAUGAAGGAAAACUCCAGUAGGCACUGACCUGAUGUGAGAGACAUCUGUGUGGGGAAAGUUACGAGGUACAAGAUACACCUGCCUGUUUAAUGUCAGGUAAUGGUCGUAGUCAGAGAUUUUGCUUGUUACAGGUAGGUCCAAAAAUCAUCUCUACACAAUAGUACUAUUUUUCAGCCAUCCUCAUUUUGCUAUAAUUUGAUCUUUUGUGUUUGCACAAUUAUGCAUCCAUUUGUAAAAGAUGAGCCUUUACUGGAGUAAUUUAAUUUGUGUACCUAAAGGCAACAAAGGCUACUGGAUCCUACCUGGGAGUUGAACGUACAACCUCUAUGCUACAGAGUUAGCACCUCAGCAAUUACCUUGCAAUACAUGUUUAGACUAUGUGGACUGACAGACAAUAGACAAAAUGUUUCAAAAACUAAAAACCAAUAAACACGGCCAGGUCAUAGUUGUUUGCACUUAAAUUCCAGCACAAUAUUACACUUGGACCAAUUCCAUAUCUUUUUUUAAGGUAAAUGGCACUUUAUUAGUAUCUGUUGUUGAAAACUGCUAUUCAUACAUAAAAACAAAGCUGCAUACAGUGUGUUUUAUUCAUUGGUGAGGUUGUCUCAAAAGUGUGAAAGUUAGGAAGUAGUUAUGUGGAAAUUUUUAAAGCAUUCCUUUUGUAACUGACUUCAGUAUAUUUUCUUUUAAAUAAAAAUUUAAAAAAAUCUGAA